UGCAGGGUUCACAUAAAUAGCUCUGCAUGAUAACCCAGUUGGACAAAUACAGAAUGGAACGAGCACUUGUCCUCCUCCUGGCUGUAACAACAGUGUCUGGGUGUGGUGUGCCCAGCUACCAGCCGGACACCAGCCGUGUGGUGAAUGGGGAAGAAGCCCGUCCAUACAGCUGGCCAUGGCAGGUUUCCUUGGAGUCUUUUUUCCCUACUUGUGGAGCAACACUCAUUGCUCCUAACUGGGUUUUGACUGCUGCACAUUGCAUUACAUUCCACACGUACAGGGUUGUUCUGGCUGAGCAUGACAUGAAGACAGAGGAAGGACCUGAACAGUCCAUUAUGGUGGCAAAAAUGUUCAUCCAUCCCAAAUGGAACAAGAACUGCGUGUCUUGUGGGAAUGACAUUGCCCUGCUUAAGCUGGAGAAAAGUGCUGUUAUCAAUGACAAGGUCCAGCCGGCUUGCCUGCCACAGCAUGGUGCUACUCUCGCCCACAACCAACCCUGCUACGUCACAGGCUGGGGUCGUCUCUACUCUGGUGGUCCUUCUGCUACUACACUACAGCAGGCCCUACUUCCUGUUGUGGAUCAUGAAAUCUGUAGUCAAGGUGACUGGUGGGGCAGCUCAGCAAAGACAACCAUGGUCUGUGCAGGAGGAGAGAGCAAGUCAGCAUGCCAUGGUGACUCUGGAGGCCCUUUGAACUGCAAGGGCAGAGAUGGUAAGUGGUAUGUGCAAGGAGUGACAAGUUUUGUGGAUGGACGGGGCUGUAAUACCCCUCAGAAGCCCACCAUUUUCACCCGUGUGGCCUCUUUCAUCCCCUGGAUCAGUGAGACCAUGGCCCAAAACUGAAGACAUGUUCAAUGACUGAAGAAGUGAACGGGCAAUAAACUAUCAUUUGACAUUUUAAUAUUAGAUUUGUCUUUUAUUUUAUCAAAAAUAUAUAAAGAUUAUGAACAAAUAUAUUCAUGACAAAGAAACAUACAUUAACAUCAGAUUAAACAAUGUUUGACAACGCCACAUAGACAGGAUGAAAAUAAACAAACACAUAUUGACCAAAGCAAACAUUUGAUUAUGGGAAAACAAAGAUUGUGUAUGUUUUUUCUAUUUAUUUGAACAUACUAAAAGGACUUUAAUCCAAUAAGUAAAUGAAUUCAAAGUAAAUGGUUAGGGUUUCCUUGAUAAAGAACAUAACAUAACAGAAUGAAGUUAAAUCUGACAGAAAUGUAAAUACAACAUGAUGAUUGAUGGUUUAUUCUUCUUAUAA